AUGUCAGGAAUUAUGCUAACGGAUGAGCCCGUUAGAAGACCACGUCCUUUAGGAAGCCCAUUAUUAAGAAAGAUCCAAAGGGCUUGUAGAUUAUCCUUGCCAGAACCAGAUUUAGGUUUGAAUCUAGAUGUUGCCGACUAUAUAAAUGAUAAACAGGGGGCCGCUCCAAGAGAAGCAGCUUUAACCAUUGUAAGAUUAAUUAACAGUAAAGAUAUUCAUACUGCUAUUUUUGCAUUGUCUUUGUUAGAUGUUUUAGUGAAAAACUGUGGGUAUCCUAUACACUUGCAAAUUUCAAGAAAAGAAUUUUUAAAUGAAUUAGUGAGAAGUUUUCCUGAAAGACCACUUCCAAGGCCUACUAAAGUUCAAAAACUAAUUUUGACUGCUAUUGAAGAGUGGUAUCAGACGAUUUGUAAGCAUUCAGCUUAUAAAGAGGAUAUGGGUUAUAUUAGAGAUAUGCAUAGGUUAUUAAAGUAUAAAGGUUAUUCUUUCCCUCACAUCAAAGAAGAAGAUUUGGCAGUGUUGAGACCAAGUGAACAUUUGAAAACAUCUAGCGAAAUUCAAAAAGAACAAGAAAUUGCCCAAGCUGCCAAAUUAGAAGAACUAAUUAGGCGUGGUAGACCAGAGGAUUUAAAGGAAGCAAACAAGCUAAUGAAAGUUAUGGCAGGUUUUAAAGAAGACAAUGCUAUCCAGGCCAAACAAUCUAUAUCUGAUGAGUUGAGUAAGUUAAAAAGAAAAGCAGACUUGUUCAAUGAAAUGUUAACUUCUAAUCCAGACUUGAAUGAUGAUGCAUUGGUGGAAUUAUAUAGUGCAUUGAAGGUAUCACAACCAAAGUUUCAAAAAAUUAUUGAAGAGGAACAGGAUGAUGAUCAAUUGGUUCAGGAUUUAUUGGGUUUUAAUGAUACUGUCAAUCAAUUGUUGGAAAAGUAUAAUUUGUUAAAAACUGGCCAUAGUAGUGAAGCUAAUCAAAUUACAGUUUCUCAUAUUUCUUCAUCAAUUAAAACUAAUGAAGGCACUGGUGGUGCUUUGGCUAAUGAGUUGAAUUUAAUUGAUUUUGAUGAUGAAACGCCACAUUCAGAAGCCACCGAUAAUGCCCCCACUCAUAAUAUUAAUGGUGGCAAUGAUAUUGAUGACUUAUUAGGUGAUUUGGGCAACUUAAAUUUUAAUCAACCUGCACAAGAUUUUGGAUUGGGUGGCAGUAUUUCUUUAACUGGUCCUUCUCCUGUCUCACCAAUUGUUAGCACACCAUCUGUUACUGCUCCUACCAAUACUUCAAGUGCAUUUGAUUUAUUGAGUGAUAUUUCUUCUACAGUACCACAGUCUAACAAUAAACCUGCUACAACUACCAAUAAUAGCAAUAGUUUAGAUUUAUUGGGUGGUUUUGAUUCACCUUCUUCCAACAAUAACCUAAGCAGACCAGCUACAACCACACCAAGAUUGUUAGUCCAUGAAUCCACACAUUUGAAGAUUGAGUUUGCCUUGACACGCCAAUCACCAAACAGUAUUGAAAUUCAUAGUUAUUUUUCAAACAUCGGUCCAUCUCCAAUUGCUGAAUUCACCUUUUUAAUAGCCGUUCCAAAAACUGUUCAAUUAAGAUUGAACCCACAAAGUGGGAGCUUUUUACCUGCUGAAACUGCGGAUGCUGUAAGCCAGUUAGGAUUCAUUGACAAUGUUACUACUAACAUGGCCAAACCAUUAAAAGUCAAAUGGAAAUGUGAUUAUACUGUAAAUGGUACUAAUGUUGAAGAAACUGCUGUUACCGUUUUACCAAGUAUAUAG